UUUAAAAAAAACAGUAUUUCAUGAGUGUGCAUUAACAAUUUAGGUAAAAAUAUCGUUAUUUUUUAUACACCAAUGAAAUUGUUCAACAAUUCUAUUUAAAACCAAAAAUAUAAUUACUUACUGUGAAAAAAAGAAAAAAAAACAUAUUUAGAAAAUAUAGUGCUCUAGAGCAGAAACAUAUAAUUUUUUGCUCACUUUUUAAAACAGCAACCCACUUUCAGAGCAUGAGAAAUACAAAGUUGCAUCCAGGAAAUAUAGCAUAAAUGAAAUUCAAAACACAUAAUGGAAAUGUUGCAUAGGUGGUUGUUUUUCUCUUCAAUUAUAAUUAUAUACGCAAUCGCAUGUUAAUUCCGAAUUCAAUUCUUCCAAUAACGCCAUUACGGGUUUCGUCGUGCUUUUGAUCUAUGGCAAAAUCAUCUUUUAUAUUAUAUUGUAGAUCUAUGUCUAUCGCAAUGCUUAGACAGCCUACUGCAUUGUUAGAAUUGUAACAACUAUCUCAAUACCAGCUAUAAAACUAAAUGCCAUACUGUAUAAUAUUAAAUCAUUCAUUUUGGCCUAUUCGAAGACUAAGACUAUACGAUUACUGGAACUUAUCUUCUUUACUUUUCUUUGCUUAUCAGUUACAUGUGAUGUGAGUUAGUAUUUGCUCUUUAUUAAUUACUUACUUAUGAUAAGCGUAAAACUAUCAGUGUCUUAGUAUUUCAUAUUCAAUACAAUAAGGUUUGAGACCAAAAUAACCGUGUAAGCAAAAUUUAUACUAAGUGGUUACAAUGGAGAAUAAUAAAUCAGUUUCAGUGCAGUACAUAACAGAAGAGGAUAUCAAAUCGAUUGUUACCAAAUAUGGAUAUGCAAGCGAAAGUACCGUCAUUGAAAAAUACGACGUGCACUACGCAAGUGACAAACUAAUUGGAUUUGUGUCAGAUUAUUUGAAGUUACAAAUAUCUGUAACUUCAAACGGUACGCGAAAAUUGUUGAGUUUCUUCGUUAAAGCAAUUUCUAAGACAAACGAGGCUAAAGCGAACAUGGCGAAGGAUUUUAAGGCCCUUGAAAAAGAAACAAUGUUUUAUAAUAUUAUUAAACGGAAUCUAGCAGUACCAGGUUUGAAACCAUGGAGUCCACAGUUUGUGACAUGCCUGCAAGACGCAGUGGUUUUUGAAGAUUUAUCAGCUCUUCAGUACGAGAUGAGGAGUAGACAUAAAAAGUUUGAUAAACAGCAUACCUUACAAGCACUCCAAGCACUGGCCAGAUUCCAUGCUAGCUCUAUCGUCUUUGAGGAAGCAAAAACUAAAGAAUUUCAGCGGCCUUAUACAAUUAAUCAACAAUAUGAGGAAACUUUAGGAAAAGGUGGAUACAUAGAAUCUGAUCCUUGGUUAAUUCAAUGCAGAACGGCUGCCUUAGAAGCCGUAAAAGCCUUUUCAAAGUAUAGUUUAAAUGUAGAUUACAUGAAAAUCAUCGAAAGCCGCUGGAAUAUCGUUUUUAACUCCGCUUUAUCUUUAGCAGAUCCCUCUUCAGAACAUCGUAACGUUAUAUGUCAUAGAGAUUUGUGGAAUAAUAAUAUUUUAUUUCAUUAUAAGAGAUUGGAGGAUAACAGUGCUGUACCUGAUGAUUGCGUAUUUGUGGAUUUUGUGGCAGCGCGCUAUAUGCCCCCUGCAGGCGACGUCAUGCAACUACUUCACUGCAAUUUGGAUCCUCGCUUCCGGAAAGAUAGUCUUCAUACUUUCUUAUAUUACUACUACGAUGAACUGAAAGCUAUACUGGAGAGUAAUGAUAUUGAUAUCCUGAAUAUUAUGAGCAGACAAAAAUUCAUGGCUUCAGCGAAGGAACAAAAUCUAUGGGGUAUUGUAACUCACGCUUGUUUAGUGCAAAUAUUUUGGAUGGAUGAUGAUAUGACAACAAACGCUUUUGCAGAGUCCGAACAAUUUCAUAAAAUAAUGUACCAAGACAAAGCGCCUUAUAUCAAAAAUAUAAUGCAAAAGGAUGAGGGUUACAAGAAGAUUCUCAUGGAAAUAUUUGAAGAAUUUAUUGAAGACUUUGUUCUAAACUAAUAUUAACUCAUAAUAGUGACAUAUCACUACUACAUAUAUUACUUCAUAACAUACAUAAUUACAUAUAUUAGUAUAGAGCAUUAUAAUUAAAUAUAAUAUAUUAUUUUCUGUAAGGAAUCAAUAUGUCACUAUUUUAAUUACAGAUGUUAACUUGAUUAAAUCUAACUUUUGAAAA